UGCUGCUCCACGCGCACUUAAAGGAGACGCAACAAAGCCAAGAUGAGGUCCGAGCCGCCCGGUUCUCUCCUACAGCCCGGAUUACUAUCGCUUUAAGAACAAACUAAAACCGUCUCUGCGUCUUUAAAGAUGCUUUUUCUAGAGUUAUAACUAAGUUUGUAAAUGAAGCCGAAAUCUAUUAGCUCGAGUCGGACUCGGUGAAACAUGUUAGUGUGGAGGAUCAGGGCCUUUAACCACAAAAGUCUUCUCAUGUUUUUAUACCGUAUACAUGAUUUCACGUCUGAUUGGAUUCAUUAAAACAAUUAACCCGGAUAUUGUUUUGUUCUUCGGUGGAUGAUGGAAGUGCAGCGUGUUGAUAAAAAACACAAGCGGGAGGAAGAAGAGGCCGCGCUCACAUCCCCGGACUCGAGUGUGACCCGCACGCCGCGCAGGGCGCUCCGAGGACGGGGGGCGACGCGACCGAACUCCGCCGCUCCGCCUGCUGCAUCCGCGGACACGAAUGGAACCCCCAGUGAAGCGGGAUGUGGCCGGGUACUGCGUGACCGCUCCACAAGAUCUGUACCCGUGUGGAGGAGGAGAGACCUCGGAGUGGAGCAGGAUGAUGAUGAUGAUGACGACGACGAUGAUGAUGAUGAAGAGGAGGAGGAGGAGGAAGAAGAAGCGGAAGCUCGGCGCCGGAGGAAGACGGCGUGUCCACGGCGCAGGAGGAACACAGAGGCGGCCAGAGACAGCAAAGCUCAGUGUGGAGAAAGUAAGGACGCUGCAGGCAGUCGAGCCGGUGGCAGGCGAGUUCAGAGCCGCAGUAGAGCGCCGUCGUCUCGCGGGCCUCGGGGUUCGGUGCGGGUCGUGUGUAAGAGUGAACCGGAGACGGAGGCUGCCUGUGCAGAAGAAAAUAAAGCCGCUGAGAAGAUAAGCACUGAGAAGAAGAGUGAGGUAAAGGAGGAUGAGGUGCUGCUGGACGAGGAACAUCCUCCAUUCACCGAUGAUCCCAAAGACCAAACGUACGAGCCUCGGACACAGAGUGAGGAUGAUGAGGGAGUCAGCAGCGAUGAAGACGUUCCCUUUAAGGACGACCUGAACGAUCAGAGCUAUGACCCGAAAUCUGGGAGGGACGGUCAGAAGGCGAGACGCAGAGCUCCUCCGCGGCCGAGAGAGAAGAAGGAGAGAGCCGGAGGAGAGAAGGACAAAGAGAAAGAGAUGGAGGUGAAGACAGAAGGAGUGGAGAUGGCAGACGUGAAGCAGGAGGCUGGAGACGGAGCAGAGCCACCCAGGAAGAGAGGACGCAGAAGAAAAGACGACAAAAGCCCACGUCUUCCCAAAAGAAGGAAGAAGCCACCGGUGCAGUAUGUGCGCUGUGAGAUGGAGGGAUGUGGAACAGUUCUCGCUCAUCCACGCUACCUGCAGCAUCACAUUAAAUACCAGCACUUGAUGAAGAAGAAGUAUGUGUGUCCUCACCCGUCCUGUGGCCGUCUGUUUCGCCUUCAGAAACAGUUACUGCGUCACGCCAAACACCACACAGAUCAAAGGGACUACAUCUGUGAGUUCUGCGCACGUGCGUUUAAGAGCUCUCACAACCUCGCUGUGCACCGCAUGAUACACACUGGAGAAAAACCACUGCAGUGUGAGAUCUGUGGCUUCACCUGUCGUCAGAAAGCCUCUCUGAACUGGCACAUGAAGAAGCAUGAUGCCGACGCCUCCUACCAGUUCUCAUGUGCCAUCUGUGGCAAGAAGUUCGAGAAGAAGGACAGCGUGGUGGCUCACAAGGCCAAGAGCCACCCGGAAGUCCUGAUCGCAGAGGCGCUCGCCGCGAACGCCGGUGCCCUCGUCACCACGGCGACGCCGACCACCGCUCACGUGACCCCGGUGAGCGUCGGCCCCGUCAUGCUGCUGGACCAGGAGCAGUCGCUGCACGCCAUGCAAGUCCCCGUAACUCUCGCGCUGCCCUCUACAGACGAGGCUAAGAAUGAAGCAGAAGUGGGCGGAGCCUCGGUGGCACACCCGACCUCUUCCAAUCAGACUCUGCAUUUUGUUUCCGCUCCCGUGUCCCAGCAACAGCUGUCCGUACAGGCUUCUCCACAGAUCGUCCACAUGACCUUCACCACCCUUUCGCACCCUCCUCAGCAGCUCCCCCUGCUGUCAGUCACACAUCAGCUGCCCCCCAGCACAAGCUCCGCCCCUUCCGUAUCACUCCUCCCACAGAUCACGUCUGUGGCUUUCACUGCCGAUCCUGCUCAUCCUCUGUCAUCCUCCGCCUGCUCUCCACCUCCUCCUCCUCUGGCUGAGAGGAAAGGGGGCGGGGCACUCUGGGAGAGUGGGACUGGGAAUGUGGGUGGGGUUUGGGAAGAGGGCGGAGCCGGCGAGGCACAGGUCGUGACGGACAGCUCAGACGGAACAAUCCAACACAGACUGAUAUAGGGGAGGAAGAUCAUCAGCUCGGAACGAAUUACAGAGGAAAGACGAGGACGCCAGUCACCUCGCGUCGGAAUUACACGGCAGAGAUUCUGUACAUCUUUUCAGACGUAGAAACUCGCUGUUUCUAUGGCAACCCACAGAACAGACAAGCGGAUAAACUGAACGUAGGAUAGCUAGCGGUUAGCUAAGUGUUUUAACAUGUUUCAUGAGUCCUGUUUCUUUUUAAGAUAGAAAGUAAACGCUACUGUGUGAAAAUGUAAACUAGACAAAACUAUUAACCUUCAUCCACAGGGAACGCCGGGAACGCCGGGAUCCUGUGUCGCUGUAAUUCUGACACGUCCUAAAGGUGCUGUUGCUCUUCCUCAGUCAGCUUCCUCAGAAUUAAAACUCUACAGGACUUUAAAUCUGUCGUAUAUACGGACUAAAUUUCGCUAGGUUUCUAGAUGUCUGUGUCUUAAUGUUGGGUUUUUUUUUGUUUUGUACAUAAACACUCUUAGUCUUGAGACUUUUUUAUGUUUGAUUUUCCCACUUGUUCAUUUUGGUUUAAUUCUUUUUGUAGGUUUUUAUUCUUUCUUCCUGUAAAAUUUUAGUAAGUCUCUGAACACUGCGUAUGAUAACCUUAUAACAGGCCACUGAUAGAAGUCUAACAGAAGUGUAGGAAGUUUUUCUCUUUAAUCGUGCUCUGUGUUGGGGUGAGUGGGUGGGUGGGUGGGGGUGUGGGGGGUAAUUUAUUAAAGCAACAUGUCUCUCUUACCCCAGUUAUGUUAAAGGAAGCGUUCGGCUAAACUGUUAGCUAUGCUCUCUGUAGUCGUGAGCAACUUUAGCCGUUUGUAGCUCUGAAGAAAGAGGAAACGUCGUGCUCUUUCUUUAUCCCCGGAACAGAUCAUCGUAUCAUGGAACAAACAAAGAACACGUCUUCACACGUGACCUUAGUUCCUGUAAUUAAUUCCUUAAUUAGACAGUUAUAGAAAUGAAUCGUGAACGAUACGGAAGGUUAUAGUGUGAUAACACUUUCGUUUGAACUCACUAUACAGCAAACAUCUAAAACGAUGGAUUUGAACAGAUUCCAACGUUUAUAAAUCCCUCAGUCUUAUUAACCAUGAACAAUAAACACGUGUACACUCCUC